GAUUAUUUUUAGGUGGGUGGGCACAGCAGAUAUCCAGUGGUCUAAUCUAGUUUAGUAUUUUAUGAGUCUAGUUUUGUGGUGAUACGAUACUUAGCCCGCCUGUUCAAAUAUAAGCUACUGUGUAUUGUAUUCAUUCGAGAGAAGUUUUUUGGCUGUUAUUACUUUAGUUGCUCUAUUUAGGUCGAUAACUACAUUCCCGCCACUGUACCACAGCAUCGAAGUUAUAGACCAAGUCGUGGACUUGAUACUUGAAAGCGCGUGCGUGUGUUUUUGAAUCGGGGGAAAGAGAGGAGUGCAGAAAGAACGAGGGAGGGGGUGUAUGCGACCCUGACUGCCCGACAGAUGCCUUUGCACCAACAGAAUGGAACCUUGGAUGAGGGGAUGUGCAUAGUGGGCAUUGCGGGGAAAUUGGAAAUGGAAUGUCUUUAAACAAUGCUCGUCUACGGCAACAUUACAGAAUCUUUUCAAAUCAAAUGAUGUAGCCGGCAUGUUAACUACUAGCGAUAAAAAGCGGACUGGACCUUAUGCAGUCUCACUGCGGCUGUUGCGGCGAGCUACUUGAAUGUUCUGAUAGUUUCACUAAAGCGACGGGAUCCCUGUCGACCACAAGUAGUGCUGCAGGCUUUUCCACCAUGGCAGUGUCUGUGUGUCGGACGUUUCAGUCCCACCUCGGUACUGUAUAGGAGGAAUGUUUGAAGCGUUUUCUGUGUCAAUCAAGCAAAACGUCUCUUUUGAAGUCUUCAGAAAUCGUCAUAGCCAAGAUGUUUUGCUGCUAGAGGAAAUAUUGUUUAGAAAUUUCGAUUAAGAUGGAAAGAGAGGUUUUUCAGCUCCACCUAGAGCAAUUUAUGCUCAGUCCGCUUGUCACUUGGGUGAAGACAUUUGGACAAAAUAAUGGGAACCUGGCAAUGGAUUAUUCUGAGUUACUGGAUGGGGUAGUUUUGAACAGGAUCAUGGUUCAAAUAAAUCCCAAAGUGAGUCUCCUGAGUCUGAACCAAGUGAUCCACCUUCCCAGUCAGAGGAUGCAGAACCUGACCAUUCUCAUCCGUCACAUCAAGACAUAUUACCUGGAGACUCUGAGGCAGCUGAUAACGAUGCCUUUGCCCAAUGUGUUGCUGCUUGGCAAGACUCCGCGCUGUGAGCAAAGUCUGGAGGAAAUGAAGAAAAUACUGCUUCUGUUGUUGGGCUGCGCCGUCCAGUGUGAGAAGAAAGAGGAGUACAUUGAUCGCAUCCAGACCCUUGACUUUGACACUAAGGCAGCCAUAGCUGCUCACAUCCAGGAGGUGACCCACAGUCAGGACAGUGUUCUGGAUCUCCAUUGGCUGGAGGCCAGUGAGGUGUGUCCAGAAGAUCUGGAGCACCUGUUCAGACGUUUGGUGGAUCAGAGAGACACUCAGCUGGAGACUAUAGUGGAGUUGAUGCAGGAGAGAGAGUCCACUCCGUUGCCCUCUCCACCCAGUGCUCAGUCCCCGGGCGAGUGUCCCAUCAUGCAACAGCAAACCACCUCCCACCAACACCUGUCUGUAGAGCUGGCUGACUCCAAGGCUAAGAUCAGACGCCUGCGUCAGGAGCUAGAGGAGAAGAGUGAACAGGUCCUGGAUUGCAGACAGGAGCUGGAGAACGUGGAGGCGGAGUUCAAGAGGAUUCGACACGAGAACUCGGUGUUGUUGGCGGACGCCCGAGCGGCCCGUACUUACCGCGACGAACUGGAUGCUCUGAGAGAGAGGGCCAUCAGAGCCGACAAGUUGGAGAGUGAGCUGGGACGAUACAGAGAGAGGUUACACAACAUGGAGUUCUACAAGGCCAAAGUGGAGGAGCUGAAGGAGGACAACGCUGUCCUGCUGGAGACCAAGGCCGUGCUGGAGGAGCAGUUGGAGGGGUGGAGGUCCCAGUCUGAUAAAAUACACCAGCUGGAGAAACACAGCCUUCUGUUACAGACCAGGGUCCAGGACAUGGAACAGGAGAAGGAGGUGGAUAGGAGACUCAUUAAGGAGCUGCAGGAGGAGAACCUGGCUCUGGAGCUGGCCCAGAGGAGGAGCAUGGAUGAGUCUCAGCAUCUGGGCUGGGAACUGGAGCAACUCUCCAAGAGUCCUGACAACUCACCAGGUCAGAAGUCUCUGAGUGAGGAGGUGGUCGACCGGACCCGGAGUCGCCUGCUGAAGCUGGAGAGAGAGAACCAGAGCUUGCUCAGGACCAUAGAGGAACUUAGAGCUGACUGCAGCUCGGGACCGCAACAGGACCACAACCAUGAACACACACAGAGGAAUGGCCAGCCACCCACAAACAAGGCUGAGGUGGUUAGCGAGUACACUGGCAGUUUGGAAAAGGCCUCCUGGGAGAUGUCAGAACUGGUCAUCAAGGAGGACUGUGACAUGGAUACGGACACCACACCACAUUCAGACACAAAGACCAGGAGGGAAGAUGGCCACUGUUUGGAGAGAGAGAACUUUAAGGAGAAGAUGGACCUUCAUAAGCAUGAGAAAGGCCCACUUGAAUACAGAGAUUCUUGUGAUCGGACUGACCCAGUGGCUGAACUAGAAGCACUAGUUAAAGACAACAACAAUAAACUAAUUCGAUGCUGUCCUUCAGUGCCUCUGACGUCCGAUCCCUCAUCAUGCUCCAAGAAUAAUAGUUGGGAGAACAGUAGCACCGGGCAACCGGCCAGGUCUUUCUCCUCAUCCGUUAAGCACACAGAACGUUUGGAAGCUAAGUGCAAAGCUCUGGACACCGAGAACCAAUGGCUUCAGGCUUCCCUGGACAACACUGGUCGGAAGCUACAGCGGCUGGAGGCCGAGGUUCAGGAGAUGGAGGCCGAGAACCAGAGCCUCCAGGCUGGGUUGGAGGAGCUGAGGAUCUCCUCGCGGCGCCUGGAACAGUUGGAGCAGGAGAAGCAGACCCUGGAGCAGGAUGCGUCCGGCCUGGAGAGGGACAACAGGAGGCUGGAGAAGGAGAACCGUAGACUGAGGCAGCAGGCGGAGAUCCAGGACUCCACACUGGAUGGGAGCAACCUGAGGUUGGCAAACCUGGAGAGGGAAAACCGGAGGAUGGUGAAGGAGGUGGAGAGGCUGAAGGAGGUGGAGGAGAGAGUGAAGUGCCUGGAGAGGGAUAACCGAGAGCUGGCCAAACAGGGAGCCAUCGACCUGAGGACGCUGGUUACCUUGAGAGAGGAGCUGGUGAGUGAGAAGCUGAAGACCCAGCAGAGGGAAAAUGAACUUGAAAGACUGGCCCACGAGCUGGAGAUCCGAGUCCUCAACCAGGACGCAUCACCACAGAGUCACCAAGAAACUCCAGUUGACAGCAGGUUCAAGAUGCUAGAGUCAGAACUAGAGUCGUCCCUGAAGAGGUCUCUCCAGAUGAAAGAGGACAAGAUGGCUGCCCUGGAGGCACGCUUACAGGAGUCGUCCAGCCUUAACCAGCAGCUACGACAGGAGCUCAGAACUGUGCGUCUGAACUACGAGGCCUUGCUACAGAGGGAGGAGGAAGAGCGGCUGGCGGCCCAUAGCCCCGCCCCCCAGAGGGAGAGUGACAGGGCCGUGAGCGAAUGGCAGCGGGAGAGCCAGGAGGCCACCAGGGAGCUGCUGCGGGUCAAGGACCGCCUUAUCGAGGUGGAGAGGAACAAUGCGACGCUGCAGGCGGAGCGCCAGGCGCUGCAGGCCCAGCUCAGGCAGCUGGAGACCCAGUCGGACUGUCUGCAGGCUCAGAUCCUGGCCCUGCAGAGGCAGACGGCCUCGCUGCAGGAGAACAACACGGCGCUGCAGACACACAACGCCAAUCUGCAGGUGGAGAAGUCCACCCUCAACUCCCAGAGUGCGUCGCUCCUGGCCCAGAACGCUCAGCUCCAGCGCCUGCAAUCAGGGGCCGAGGCCGAGAAGGAGAACGCCGCGAGGGAGCGCGAGGAGCUGCGCGGCGUGCACGAACAGCUCCUGCGCGACCACGAGAGGCUGGCGGCGCUGCACGAGAGGCAGGCCACGGAGUACGAGGCCCUGCUGGGGAAGCACGGCUGUCUGAAGAACGCCCACCGCACGCUGGAGCUGGAGCACAGAACUAUCGAGGACAGGUACACAUCCCUUCUGCAGCAGAAGUCCAAACUAGAGGGACUGGAGCUGGCUCUAAGAGAGGAGCAGGACAAUAUGUCUCUGGAGAAAGAGCAGCACAGAACCACCGCCUCAGAGUGUCAAAGACUCCGGGAUGAGAAGGACUGGCUGAACCACACAUACCGUCAGCUACUGAAGGAUCAGGAGGAGCUCCAGGCCGACCAUAAGAACCUGAAGACCCUGCUGAACAGCACCAAGCUGGAGCAGACCAAGCUGGAGUCAGACUUCAACCAGCUCAGAGAGCAGUACCAACAGCUGGACAUCACCAGUACCAAGCUCACCAACCAGUGUGAGUUGCUGAGUCAGUUGAAGGGGAACCUGGAGGAGGAGAACCGUCACCUGCUGGACCAGAUCCAAACCCUGAUGCUGCAGAACCGCACCCUGCUGGAACAGACUAUGGAGAGCAAGGACCUGUUCCAUGUAGAACAGAGACAGUACAUAGACAAGCUGAAUGAGUUGAGGAGGCAGAAGGAAAAGUUGGAGGAGAAGAUCAUGGACCAGUAUAAGUUCUACGACCCCUCCCCCCCUCGAAGACGUGGGAACUGGAUCACCCUGAAGAUGAAGAAGCUGAUAAAGUCGAGGAGCCGGGAACGCUGCGCCACCUCCAACCGCUCCUUGACCCCGACUCGCUCUGGCUCCUGCGAGGCCCUCCCGCCCACCUCCUCCUCCCCCUCCGCCUCCUGUUGCCAGGACAACGGCUCCUUUGUGGGCUCGGACGGCUCUGGCGAGUCCACCGCCUCGCCGAGGAGGAGGAGCAGCACACUGAAUGACCUGGACCAACUGGCUGUUGUGCUGCACCCUUCAACACUGUGUGAGGACCCUGAGAAACUGGAGGGGUCAGAGGUCAGGAAGGACAGGUCCAGGACGGAGUCCAUGACCUCAUCCCAGAGCGACUCCAUCUUACCCAUAACCCACCUUAACCAGCCCUCCACCCCACCAUUGCUUUAUGUCCCCACCACCUCCUCCACUGAGCGCAUCGAGCCAUGCCUGAUAGGGGGUCAUUCCCCAACAAUUUCACCUCCGUCCAUUUGUCAGCUUCAUGAACUAUCUGAUAAAGAUUCUAACGACAGUGCCAUGGCGACUGGCUUUGACGAUGGAGACGAACUCCAAAACCACGGUGAGAGCGACGUCCUGAGUCGAGCCCAGAGCGAGAGCAGCGGAGAGUUCAGCCUCAGCCAGGAGAACGAGCCCUGGUCCAAUGGCAGCAGCCCUGUCGGUACCUCCACCCCCCGACACGCGCAGCGGCCAUGCGCCCCGCCCGCUUCACAGACACAGCAGCAAUUCAGCUCGACUGCGGCGCACACCAGCAGCCAACACAGAGAGAGGACACACGCGAAGAUCUCCUCGCCCGUCGCUAUAACAAACACCUGCGGCUUGAUCCCCUAUAGGGGGAAGGAGGUGGGGAGCGCCCAAGACCCCUGGCCCAGAAGGAGCGUCCUAAGGAGGUGCUCCAGCGGUAGCAGAGCCCCCAGACGGCCCUCGGAUGGGAACCUCCCCAAAACAGCUCAGGGACAGGUCGCCGUAGUGUCUCGUCCGGGACCUGGCUCCAGCAAAGCUCCGGAGACCGCCCGGGCGUCAGCCGUGUCCCCGAUAGCAGUGCUCUACGUUCAGGGGAAAUCCACGUCUGUGUCUGGGUGUCUCAACUGCUUCUCCACCCCCUUGGGGAAAGAGGUGCGCCUAAGAGGGCCAAGGUCGCCCACAUCGCUGCCUCGGGCUAGCAACGUCAUCUCAACGGCGGAGGGCUCCUCGCGGCGUUCCAGUGUCAACAGUGACUGUAGGGGGAUGGCGAAGACGGAUCCCUUACCAGUUGUAGAAUCACACGGAAGCCCGAAUCAGGAGCCAGACACUCACAACCAGAAUCAGAACAGUACAAAAGGACUCGACGCCGCCUAUAUACCAGCAUUAUUACCACCGAACAAACCCCCAAGGGACCCCGCUGUGGCCACCGAUCGCCCCAAAUCCACCUGCCAGGAAUCCCUCUUCGGUGGCGCCCCGUUCAACUUAGACGCAGUCUUCUCGGACACCAUCUUUAGCGAGUCAGUGGCCAGUGCAACCGACGGUAAUAAGAAGCAGAACAUUUUGUGUCUGAACCCAGAUCUGGUCUGCAACACCAGCUGCCCGCCCAUGGGGCAGGAGUCCUCUAACGGCGCCGCCCUGGGAACCAUGGAGAAUGGACAGUGCCAAACUGCCGGUCGGGACUGUGAGAGCGAUGCUGUGGAAAUCACUGAGUGCUGACUGCUUGAGUUGAGUUGUGCAAUCAAAACGUGUGUUUUUUCAAAUGUCAAUAUCAACGGCCGCCAAGCUGGUAACAACUUAGUUACCCGUCUACACAACAUACUGUAGUUCCUGUUGAUGCCCGCCCAGGAAAAAAAUGAAUAUAAUAUUAAUAUUAUCUAAAUGGGACUUAUUUUUGAAUACAUA